AUGAAAAUUCCCCCAAAUGAGUCCUUCUCCGAGGGGGUGGAGGUCACACAGCUGGCACAACUGGUAUCACAACCAACUAGAGGCGACCCAGAGGAAGAUGCUGCGCCAAGAGAAGCAAAGCGAAGGAGCGCGACCCAGGAGGCUGGCGAAAUCCCCGCCAAGCCCCCAGGAGGCGGAGAGAAGCCCAGUCGCCAGGCACCGGCCACGGCGCACGCCAACAUUCAGGAUAAUUCUCCUUUCCAAGCCCCGGAGUUCCGGGGCAGGCGAAAAAGGGGGGAUGGGAGACCUACAGUCCCUUUAACCCUCCCCCCUGGCCUGCCAACCUUUUCCGAACCCCCAUGUCACACAACUUCCUCAUCAUGGAAACUUCCACUGGGUUCGGCGCUGAGGAUGCCAAACUCCAUUUCACAAGGAACAUGUCAACAGCUGGGCUUGGGGUUUGAGGAACAGAGCCGCUGCGAUUGGAACAGAGCCCGGCCACCCUGUUCCACCACUGUCCACGCCGUAGCUCCCAGCCUGCCGCCGCGCGGUGCCCGAACACGGGAGGGCACCUCCUCCCAGAUCCGGGGCGCAGAAGCCCCGCGGAGGCAGGUAGAAGAUUCUGAGGCCCUGGGCGGGAACUAGUAAGCCACAAUCUGGAAGAGUCUUUUAUCACCAUGUGGAGGAGACCUAGAGCAUUCAUGUUGAACUAUUACUGAGAUAAGCAAUCAACUUCUUUUGUGUUAAGUCACUGAAAGGCAAGUGUUAAUUUGUUGCAGUAAUUGGUGCUCCCUUAACACACCUGUCAGCCAGGCCAAACUCUAUCACAGCAUAAAUAAUCUUUUCCUUAAAUAAAUACAGGUAAGAGGAUAAAAUAGACCUAAGUGCAUUAAUAUGAAUAUAGGCUCAAAGCAAAAUGUUGGGCUGAAAAUGUUCAGAGUGAUAAUUUUUUAAGUUGAUGUGCAAUUUAUGUACAGUAAAAUAGAUAAAACCUAAAUGUUCAGUUCAAUGAAUUUUUACAUGUUCAUACCCCUGUAUAAUCACCUCCCAGAACAACAUAGAAAAUACUUCAUAUAAAUGGAAUCAUACAGUG